AUGGCGCCUUAUACAUUUACAUUAUUUGCUCCUUAUAACAAAGCAGCUGGAUUGCGUUUAAAAAAUGCAAAUGCUCGAAUGUUUGGUCUAGAUAUUCCAAUGGAAAAAAAUGAAGAGGACGGAUAUUUUCGUGUCACAGUUGAACUUGCCGAUGGUAUUUAUCAUUAUCAAUUCAAAAUUAUAACAAAAUCUUGGUUUGAAGUUGAACCUGAACCAGCAGUACCGUCUUAUACAAAUGAUGAGACCAUGACAAUUGAAGAAAAUGAAGAACGAAAAAAAAAUCAAGAUGAAGAAUAUAUUAAAAUGGUACAAGAUAUUCGUGAUCGAAAUAGAAAACGUGAAGAAGAAAGUAGUUUUACAGAACUUUGGUAUUCAUUUGUUGAUCCAUAUGCUACUGAUGUGGAUGAAAGAGGAAGUGAUGAUGCCUACAAAUCCGUUGGUAAACGUAUAUUGGAUGAAUAUGAAUGGAAAUAUGAUAAUGCAGUAAAAUUAGUACCCGAUGAACAAUUGAUUAUCUAUGAACUUCAUAUCGGCGAUUUUCAAUCUAAAUUCACAGAUGUAACAGCUAAAAUUGAUUAUAUUAAACAACUGGGUGUUAAUUGUGUUGAAAUAAUGCCUGUGAAAGAAUAUGCUGGAACUCAUUCAUGGGGUUACUCACCACGUUAUUAUUUCGCAAUUGAGACAGGAUAUGGCACAUCAGCUGAUUUUAAAGAACUAAUCGAUGAAUUGCAUAAAAAUGGCAUACGUGUUAUUAUGGAUGGUGUUUACAACCAUAGUGAAUGUUCAAAUCCAAUGGCACAGAUAGAUCAUGAUUACUGGUUUCAUCAUGAGCCAAAAGAUUUGGAAAUGAGUUGGGGUCCCGAGUGGAACUAUAAAUUCUAUGAUCCUAAAUACAAUGUUUGGCCAGCACGUAAAUAUAUUGGUGAAUCCAUUUUGUACAUGAUCACAGAAUUUCAUAUUGAUGGUGUUAUACGAGAUUACAAUGGACCUAUGGAUGGAUGUUGGCACGAUUCAAUGUACUGGAUAAUACGUGAAGCAUUACUUAACGAUAAUGUUGAAUGGGAAAAAGUAAAGGAUGUUAUCGAUGGAAAACGUCAAGGAUACAAGCGAAUUGUGAAUUUAGUGAAUUAUGUAUCAAACCAUGAUCAUGAUCGAUUAUUGGUUGAAUUAGGGAAAGAACAUCAGCUGUUUGAUGAAGAAGCAUUUAGACGUGUGAGAUUAGGAGGUACGCUGUUUAAUCAUUAUGAGAGCAAUUUUUCAGGUGAAGAAUUUGGUGAAUAUAAAGAAAAAACGCCUGGCAUGGCUAAACUUGAUUGGUCAUUGAUCGAUGAUCUUGAAGAUAAUUCAAAUCAAAUCAAUAAAGAUUUACUACAAUAUUAUAAAGAUUUGAUUCAUUUACGUAAAACAAAUCCAUCAUUAUAUACCACAAAUAUUAAUUUUAUAUAUGAGAAUGAGCAAGAUGGAAUUUUAGUGUAUCAUCGAUGGAAUGAUAUUGAAAAGAAGCAAGGUGAUCAUCUAAUUGUUAUUGUUAAUUGGUCAAAAAAUACUUUAACAGAUUAUGAAAUUAUAAAUAUGCCUAUGAAUGGAAAAUAUUACGAUUGGAUUAAUAAUCAAGAACAUUUUGUCGAAAAUAAUCAGUUAAAGUUAGAUGAAAUUAAAGAUCAUGAAGCAAAAAUAUUAAUUUGGGAAUAUGGAAAAGCAGAUGCGAAACAAAUUGAUAACCAACAAUAG